AUGUAAGUAAUUAACGUGUUUUUUUAGAUUAAAACUGUUAAAUAUUUUCCUGACAUAUAUAAGUAUUUGUGAAUCAAAAUAUAUGCAAUCAUAAGUAAAUAUCUAUGUAAAAGGUGUGGUGUAUUACACUCAAGGACAUAUUAUAUUCAAACAUAUUUUUACUUGACACAAUCUUCUUGAGAUGUUCCAGAAUAGAUGUAAAACAUUUCUGGUUUCUGGUAUACCUCACCUAACCACUGGAAAUACAUAAAUGUAAAAUAUGUUAAAUGAAUGUGAUACAGCAAAACAAAGAGAAAAAAACUAAUCCCAAUAAAAAAAGUAAAAAAGUUUUUGUUUUUGUUUUUAACUUCUCCCUAACAAGACAGUUAUCACCACAAAAAGAAAGGGGAAACAGUGGUUGAGACAAUUGGAAGAUGAUUUCAGAAAGGAGACCUUUUUUACCCGGUCUGAUGUCAUCAUUUGGUAGGGCGGGGGAGGGGGGGUCACUAUGUCAAAAAUUCAUUUUUUCCCAGGUGCUAGGUGUCUAUGUCUCUACUGAAGUCCAUUGGGUGGAUAUUUCCUGUUUGGAAUGAGAUGGGGGACGGGGAUCACUCAGUCCAGUUCUCAUAUACAGUCAAUGGUUGAUAUUGUUCAUAAAAGGAGAGAUCAAAUCUAGUAAAAGAGUGUGAAGUAUUUAUAGAACCUCUUCUUCCUGGACGCUAGAACCGGGCGUCUGUACUUUGAUUUUCAUGAGACUCGAUGGUCAUGAACUCUUGGCGGUGUUUUUCUCAGUGAAGUGAGAGUGAGGGCGGUGUUCAUUCCUGGGCGGCAGGGUUUAAGCCUCCGGUCAUGUGGGGAUCAGCCGUCACCUAAUCCCCUCAAGAGGGAGAGAAGGAGCCGGAGAGGAGGAAAGUCGGCGUGAUGCCUUCACGGAAUUAACCAGACACGUCUCAUUUUUAUUUUAGAUUUACUUUAGGAACGUUUUUAUGGUUUUAACAUCGUAGUUUGUAGUCUGUAGCAUUUGGGACAUCCAAAAAGUGGAAAAGUUGUGUUUUUUUCUACCUUAUUGCUUUUGGCUUACAAAAAAACAUAUUUUUUUCACAUUUAUUUCCUUCAUUUGGAACCACUUUGGCCUCCAUUUAUUGACACCUUGGAUUUUGUUCACUAUGCGUCCUUAAACCUCGUCUGGACCCCGGACCUGAUUCCAUCAACUUGUCGUCCUGGACUCUGGGGCAGAGGUUCCCUGCUGGUUUUUGGCUUCCUCCGUCCGUCCCCAUGGCUCAGUCGAGCUCCAACGCAAACCCAGACGUGUCAAACAGAGCGGUCGUCCACAGCCCGCUGUCUGUCUGCUCGGACCGGGACGCCCAGGACGGCGUGGAGGCAGAGGAGGACGAGGAGGUGGAGCUGGCCGAGGAGGUGGGUGAGGAUGUGCUGAUGAUGGGCGAAGCUGAGGAAGGAAGUGGGGAACAGGGUGGAGGUGAGGACCAGAGCGGCAUAGAAAUGUCCCUGCUGUCAAACGGAAGACGUAAGACGGAGACUGAGGGGACGGAGUUGGAAACAGGUGAGGAGGAGAAGAUUGUGGAGACGACUGAAGAAGAGACCACGAAAAUGGGUGAAGGUCAUGACCCUUCUCUUGUAUCAGUGAAUGCUGACGGAGCAGAUCUCCAAAUGCUGAACAGCAGUGGAGAUCACAAAGCAACAAACAGGGUGGAGUUUGAGGAGAAAAAACUGGACGAAGAAGAAAAUCCUUGUUCUCCUGAAGACAGGCCUGCAGGGAUACCUGAUGACCUCCAGGAGGACGCUACUGAAAGCCCAGAUGAUGGAAAAACAGUUGCAGGGCUUGAGGGAAACACCUCAGAAGAAAAACACCAGUUUACAUGUGUCAACGGGGAGACUACAGUCUACCAGGAACCUGCGGAGAACUGUCAAGAAAGCACCACAACCUGCAGAGCCAUGGAGGACGAAGCUGUCCAGGAAAGUGUUCAAGAAGCUGCUAGUUACAAGUUAGAACUUCCAGAAGUGACACCUGGAAAUCCAGAGCAGUGUCAGUCAGGAGAGGGUACUGAGCAAGCACGCGAUUCCCGAGGAGGGGUUGAACUUCAGAUAGUUGUGAAGACCACCACCUCUGAGAUGAUGGAUGUAGAGUAUGUGGAAGAGGCAGAAGAGGUUGGAAAUGAAGAUCUUGGGCAGCAAUACAGCGAAAGAGAAGAUCAAGAUACACAGCAAAAGAAACCAGAGGUUCCGGAUGGAGAGGAGGUGCCAGGAGGCGGACAAGUGGAUGAGAUAAAGGAAGGAACCACAGAUGAUGGCCCAGACCAGGAGAUACCUAGAACCGAGGAGAAAACGGACCAAAAGAACCCAGUUCUGCUCAGCGCUGAUUGGAGAGAACAUCUCAGAGAGGAGCUGAGACAACGAGGCGUGGUGGAAAUGAAGGAGGAGGCGGGAGAGCUGGAGGAGGUGGAGAUGGCAGAAGAUCCGGUGACUGUGUUGGACGAUGAGAUUGAGGACAUAGACCUGGAAGUCGUUUCAGGCAAGGACGAGAAAGGAGGUCAGGAGAACAUUCAAGUCCAAGAAGAAAGGAUUGGAACCAGAGAAGGCAAAGACAAGAGUGAAGACACACAGAAAAAAGAGAAGGAAGACGUGAAAACAGAUCACAAAAAUGAAGAGAAAACACAAGAUUUAAGGAAAGUAGAAGAAGAGAAGAACGAGAAACUAAAAGUCAUCAAAAGAGAAGAAGAGAAGGAGGAUAAAGACGUUAGAAAAGAAGAGAAGAAAGAAGCAAAAUGUCAGGAUGGAAACAGCAAGAUGAAGUUGGACAUCAAAGUAAAGGUGAAAGGACUAAAAGAGUCGAUGGAGAAUGGGAUGUGUCCACAACAACUGUCCGGGAAGGAAGAACAACCAGGAGCAAAAGUCACGUCCCUGAGGAGAAAGGACAAUGACUGGAUCAUCAAGGAGCCACCUGAGAGUGAACACACGGCCGAGGCGAAAGACUGGAGGAAAGACCUGAGACCCGUCAGGAAGGAACUGUGGGAAACCACCAAAGACUGGUCCAAGAAGGAGGCCGCGCCUGAGGUGAAGCGCUCCCAGAAGAAGGAGGACUGGAUCAAGGAACUGAAGUCGGUGAUCAGAGACGAAUCCAAGAAGAAGGUGGAGCAGGUGAAGAAGAAACGGGUGGUGCUGAUGGAUGAAGGCCGUUCGUUCAUCCCGCAGCAUGAGAGGCGGGAGGAAGUCAAACUGCUCUCCCACAGGAAGGUGGAGAGCCCCCCACCGGUACUGCGGAGGGAAACCCGGAUCGCCCAGGAGGAGGACCACAACAUCGCUCUCUAUGUGAAGGCAGGAAGUGACGGGGAGAGAAUCGGGAACUGCCCUUUCUCCCAGAGACUCUUCAUGAUCCUGUGGUUGAAGGGAGUCAUCUUCAACGUCACCACAGUGGACCUGAAAAGGAAACCGGCUGACCUACAGGACCUUGCUCCGGGCGUCAACCCCCCCUUCAUGACUUACAAUGGAGAAGUCAAGGUGGACGUUAACAAGAUCGAGGAGUUCCUCGAGGAGAAACUGACCCCACCUCGCUUCCCCAGACUAGCUGCCAAACACCUUGAAGCCAACACCGCUGGGAUUGACAUAUUCGCCAAGUUCUCAGCUUACAUCAAAAACCCACGAAAAGACACCAAUGACGCCUUAGAGAAAGCCUUGUUGAAGUCUCUGUGGCGCCUGGACGACUUCCUGAGGACCCCCCUGUCCGAGGAGAUCGACGCAGACGCCUCCGGAGACCUGCCUGAGUCGUCCCGCAGCUUUCUGGACGGGAAUGAUCUCACCCUGGCCGACUGCAACCUGCUGCCCAAGCUGCACAUUCUGAAGGUUGUGGCCAAGAAGUACAGGGGCUUUGAGAUCCCAGCUGAUAUGACCGGGGUGUGGAGGUAUCUGAAAUGUGCCUAUCAAAGAGAAGAGUUUACCAAAACCUGCCCUGCUGACCGGGAGAUCGAGUACGCCUAUUUAGACGUCGCCAGAAGGAUCAAAUAAGAUCGGUUCACGUCCGACUGAGCGAAAAACCAACAAGAAACGAAAAUCUAGAUGAGUAGGACAAGAAGUAGGAAACUAGACGGAGAGAUGCAUCAUUAGGGACCGUAAGAGAGGAAAAGCAGCUCCAGUAAAUAGACCAAACCCACCUGACAAUGAAUUAAUAUGGGAUUUUGUGUAUGUAGCCUCAACUCGAUAAUCAUUUUUAGCAACACAAAAAAAGAAAACUACCAAUUAUAUGGUCACUCACAGACAUAUCGAUUUCUUGUAUUGUUUUUUAUUUAUGUAUUUUUAUGUUUAUGCUUCAAAUGGAAACAAGUUUCCUUCAAACACAGCAACGAUUAUCACUUGGAGUUAGCGGGCAUUCACACGGGUCCAUCCGUACCGUACCCGAGUACACUUGACCCCUAACUCUGCCCAUGUGGCCGUGCUCUGAGCCGAAGCACCUGUAGGUGAACUGUGCUGAAGCUGGCUUGCACAGGUGAGUUAGUUUAGUGGACGACCUCUUUUGUCUGUGCGUAGCACGGCACACAACCACAACAAACACGACAGAAUAUAUUUGAUAGGAAAUGUUACAUUUUUAGAAGGUUUUUCACGUUCUACACAUAAAAAUAACAAUCUAACACAAUAAUCUGGCAAUCAGCAGAUAUUAUGAGAACGGAUUAUGAGUGAUUGUGUAAUUUUAGAGUUUAAACAACUCCACAGAUUAAACAUUUUAAUUACCAGCCUACUACUGGCUCAAAGGUAACGAUUUAUCUAACUAUUCCUUCAACUCUAUUCAACAAUUUUGGUUUAAAAUCUUAAUCCACUUACUUCUUGAUAAUAAUCUUAACAUAAAGUAAAUUUAAGCCCAUCUGUGUAACUCUAGAAAGUAAACUUAACCUACAAGUGUGUUAUUUUCAGACACUGACCUCCGUUCAGGAGUCUAAAGCCAUAAAAACCAAGACUGGAUGCUUUGGUUCUCUUCAGAUGACCUUUUGUAUUGCUCACAUGCUGUUUUUGACAACUGGACUUUCUUACAUCUUUGUGAACAACAAUGCUCCAAAUCUGUUGUAAAUGUAAUUCAUGUAAUAAACCUCUUAGAAGGAAAAA